AUGCUCCCAAACACCUCGCUCUGCCAAUUCUGGGCCGGCGAGGAGACCCGAGCGCGUAGCCUCUCUAACGCUCUCGACACCACAGACGAUCGCCUCGUGGUCAAGCAGCUCACCUCCAAUUGGACCAGAACCGAGAAGGACGACCUGCUCAGCUUCGCAACCAACUACAUCGACUACAUGAUAGGAGGCGACAAGCGCGUCAGCCUGAUUGCCAAGAUCUUUGGCUUCUACACGAUCAAGCGAAAGAACCUGCAGACCAAGGAGAUCAUGGAGAUCGACGUCCUGAUCAUGGAGAAUGUGUUCUAUCAGUUCAAGAUCAGCAGAAAAUUCGACCUGAAGGGCGUGCAGGUUCGCCACAACCUCAAGGAGGUGAAAGAGAACCGGAAGGACCAGGUGCUCUGGGACGGCGACUGGGUUGAUGGUCGCUGUAAGGACCAAUUCAUGCUGUAUGCCUAUUCCAAGUUGAUCAUUACGGAGGCUAUCCAAAACGACGUUGCCUUCCUGUCCAACAACAAUAUCAUGGACUACUCGUUGCUGCUGGGUGUCGACAACGAGAAGAAGGAGCUCGUCGGAGGCAUCGUUGACAUCAUCGGCACAUACACCUGGUACAAGAAGCUCGAGAGCCGUGGCAAAUUGGCCCUGGCGAACGACAAGGAGAGCGUUACGGUGCUCCCACCGGUCGAGUAUGCACGCCGCUUCCGCGAGUCCAUCGAGAGCUACUUCCUGAUGGUUCCUGGUGAGUGUGCUCUCUCCGACUGCGAAUGCCACCGGCAGAAUGGCUGCAACUGCCAUGGUGCAUUUGGAUGCGACUACUGGCCGACCAGGGUCUGCAGGAGUCAGAUUCGAGUCUCGCUGUACCAUCGCUGUUGCUGA